UGGAGGUGGAAUUCCGAUUGGGAAGAUGAAGAGUGAAUAUGCAUUACAUGCAAAAAAGCUAGAUUUCAAAUCUAAGUUACAUGGUGUUAAAACUCUCUUCUUUUGCGCGCAAAUCUUGUGUUUAUUUCAAACAAGCAUUCUUCCCCCUCCCCCAGUCUUAUUUGUCCGAAGGAGACAUUCCGAUCGCUUGUUUGACAACAACCAUCUUCCAAUUACGUAUGUGUUCGGAUUGAUACUUCUCAAAUCAAUCCUUCUCGAUUUCAGUCUGCGUCCGCUCUCGUCACGCAGCAUAUACACACGCAAAUAAGCAAUAAUAUCCUCAACAAGGAUCAUUCAACACUCACAUCCUCAUACUUUCCUUCUUUGAUACCAUCACCGACUCAAACACUAUGAUGUAUCAACGUGAUUAUGACGAUAGGGAAGUUGUAAGCGCGCGUUCAACAUUGCCGCCUCCUCCUCCACCAUUGCAUCACAUGCAUUCCUCCCAUCAAAAUCAUCGGAUUAUGAACAGUCCUCCUUCAGCAUUCGAAGUAAGAGGAGCAAGAGCACCCCCUCUACCAUAUCAUCACCCUGAUCGAUCUCCGUCAAUGAACGCACCAUCAGGAUAUGGUAUGCCACCAAACCCUCAUCACGCCGGAUACAACUAUCACUCUCCGCCUACCGAAUACGAACGAUACGAUGAAGUACCAAGAUCGAAUUAUUAUCACAGAGAAUAUAUGAACGAACAUGCUCCACGUCCAUAUACAUACGGUGAACCACCAAUGAGAGAAAUGGGAGGAUAUCCGGGAAACGAUCAUGGUGUAAUGAUUGCAAAACAAGAAGGUAUGCAUAAUAUGAUGAACGGCUAUCCGCCUGCGUCUCAUCCUGCAUUGGAGCACAGACGCUCGAUCGGAAUGCUCAAUAACCCGCCACCGCAUAUGAUGCCUUCAAAUGCAUACAAUCCGCAUAGCCUCCGCAAUGAUGGUCACUACCUAGCAGAUCCAAAUAUGAUCCAUAUGGGUUCACCGGGUGAUCAACGACCGACGUACAUCGGUUAUAUAAAAUCAGCACAUGAUGCAAUCUUGUUAUUAUCUGCAUGUGAUCUUCCUUCCGAUGCAUCUUCGCCCAAAUCACCACAAAACACUCCUUUGCAGAGCAAAACUAUUCCUCCUCCAAGACGAGUCACUAGAAGACUCUUGGACGCAGAACGUGCUGAUAUGGUCUCUAGUGGAUGUGUUUUCGCAUGGGAUGAAAAAGAAGCUGGAAUGAAGAGAUGGACCGACGGUCGUGUUUGGAGCGCAAGUCGUGUAAGCGGAUGUUUCUUGACUUACCGUGAACUAGAAGCCAGAAAAAAGUCCAACAAUGCAACCCAUGACGGACCAACUUCAAAUCAAUACAAACCCGAAGGAUUGAUUAAACAAUCUUUCUCCAUCACAACGGCCUCCGGACGUAAACUUCAUGUGAUUUCUUAUUUCACCAAAAGAGAUGUACGUGAAGGCCGCUUGCGCCGUGUAAGCGAAGAUCCUCGUUUCGUCGGCGAAGGCGGCGGUGAAUGGGGCUUAAAGGUGAACGAUGAAGAAUAUUCGUUCCAUGACGGUAUCAAUCGUGCCGGACAUGGUCUUCCUGACGGUCAAGGUGACGCUGAUAUCUUGGACGAAGAUGAUGAAGAUGACGUAUUGGAUUCGCCAAUUUCACGUCCCGCUACCACUCUCCCAAGUAGUGUUGCUGCUUCUCAUCAACCCCAAUUUGUUGAGCCAGCGCCUGUCCGUGAAGAGAUCGAAAGGCAAGCUCCUUCAGAGCCCGUCCCACUUCAAAAUCCUCGCAAGCGCUCGUUACCUGAAGACAGUGAUAUUGAUCCUGCUAUCAGCACUGCAUCUGCUUUGCUCGAAAGAGCGCCAAUCAGACCAAAGCUACAACGUCUACGGUCAUCAAGUUAUUCAGGCACGCCUUCGGGAAGCAAGUCCAACUCAUACCAAAGCGGCUAUAGUUCAUCAGUUGCCACAACUGUGCCAUCUUCUGAUCCUUUGGACGGCAAUGUCAAAACACUACAGCCGCUUGCCACAUCGCAAUAUUCUUCCAUCGUUGGCCGUUCCAGUGCGAUUCGUGCUUUGGUCAGCCCUACUUUACCGCGUGAAUCGGCCAUUCGUGGAAGUGCAAAUGAAAUGCAACCUUCGGAUAGUCAAGACAGUGCAAAUGCAGUUGGUGCAUUGCUAAGCUUAGCCGGUGGUUCGAGCAAACCUUCAGGGCCAUCACCUUUGGGCGGUGAAAAAACAAAAGGUGAAGCUUCACCAACGGUAACAAACGGUACGAUUUCAGGUUUAGGAUUAAACGUUAAAGGUUUACCUGAACGUCAUGAAUCGGAUCGUAAUGCGCUUAAUAUGUUUAGCGUUCGUUUGUGAUAAUAUCUUUUGACCCUUCCCCGUUUCUUCCUCUUGCUGUUAUCUAUAUGCAAUCGUCAUACCUACCGUAGGUAUGACAGUUGACAAAAGUCACACUUCUUUAUUGUACUACUACUAAUAUUUUCUAUCUUGCAUAAUGCCUCUUUCGUACUGCUUAGUUAGUUGCUCUAUAUUUUGUACUUGUAUUGAUCAUAUUCUGUCAUCACCUCAUUUCAACUCAUGAUAUGGACCCUCAA